AUGUUGAUAGCGGCAGCUCUUUUUGGCGUCCAGCCGUCGCCCGCGGCGCUCCUCUCGUCGCCGCCGGUUCCAAUUUUGCGCGCCGUGGCCGGCCGGGCCGAGCCUGCGCUGCAGCGCACUGCCGCUGCGAGGUCCAUCGCCAUGUGUGAUGCCUCGGUGCUGCAGAUGCCGGAGCGGCCCGCGGCGGAGGAGGUGGCCGAGCGGAUACGGAGCCGCCUCACCCCCGAGGAGGAGCAGGGGCUCGCGCUCGACAUGAAGAUGCUGCGCCGGUGGACGGCGACGCGCGAGGAGCUGGCGGAGCGGCUGCAGAGGGCGCCGAGCCACUUCGAGUGGUCGGUGGCGAUCGGGUUCGUCGGGGACGAGCGCGCCUUUGUGCGCUCGCUCGCGCUGCUCUACCGCCAGCGGGAGCGCCUCAUCGUCUCGAACCUCCCGUUUGUGGCUCACAUCGCGCAGCGGUACCGGCACUGCGGAGUCCCGAUCCAGGACCUGAUCCAGGAAGGGACACUGGGGCUGAUCUCCGCGGCGGAGCGGUACGACCCGUCGUACGGCUGCCGCUUCUCCACCUAUUCCGUCCACUGGAUCCAGAUGCGGAUCGGACGCCUCGCCUCCACCUCCUCGCGCCUCAUCCGCCUGCCGGUGCGCGCGGGCGAGCGGCUGCGACGCGUCAAGCAGCUGCGCAACCUCUUCAUGCUGCGCGAGGGGCGGUGGCCGAGCGACGGCGAGCUUGCCGAGGCGGCCGAGAUCACCGAGGGGCAGCUGCAGACCGCCCUCCGCUCCGGCCUCGACACCGUCUCGCUGGAGGCGCAGAUGCCUGCCGGCGGGGCGUCUGGGCGCGGGUCGGCGACGCUGACCGACAUGCUUCCGGCGCCGGAGGGGUGCGACCCCGCGGACGCGCUGGCGGCGCGCGACUUGCGCGCGCUGCUGAAGCAGUCCCUCGCCGGCCUGCUCGACCCGCGCGACGCGAAGAUGAUGGAGCUACUCUACGCGCUCGACGAGGGCGAGGGGCGGAGGACGGCGGAGGAGGUGGGGGUCCUCUUCUCUGUGCGGAGAAUCGAGGCCAAGUGCCUCCGCAAGCUGCAGGACCAGCGGCAGCUCGUCGUGCGGCUCCGCACCUACCUCGAGUCUUGA